CCAUCUUUGUCUUGUUUUUAUUCCGAAGUUAAUUUAUGUUUUAUUAAACUCGAAUUUAAAUAUUCUACUUUUCUAAUAUUAUAAUCCACAAUAUAUAAUUAAAUAAAUAGGAGGCGGGGAACCACAUUAAUCAACUUUGAAGUUUUAUCCAAUAAAAAUAGUUAUAAAAAUCUCAACAUGCCAAAACGUGGUGGAGGACGUAUGAAAAAUUGGAAAACUGAUAAUGAUCAUUUUGAACAUGAUGAUCGAACACAUAACCCGAGACGAGUGAGCUUCAAACCAGGUACAAACAAAGGCAAGAACAAAUUUAAUAACUGGAACAAAAAUGCUAAGUUAUUACUUGAUGAUGAUGUUGAUAUGGGCAUGUCAGGAGGACAAGGGCCUAGAAAACCAUUUAGAGGUCGCGGAGGGCGACUCGGUUCUCCUGCGCCAAGACCUGGACAUGCUGGCAAGAAGUUUACGCCUGGUGUGCUGCCCUGGUAUCAAAUAAUUAUUCCAUAUGGAGCAAAGCAUGAGAAAGAUGUUAUAUUACGAGCUCUCCUUAAUUACAUAUCGCCAGAUAUUUUCAUUCCACAUUAUUAUAGACAUAAUGGCAAUGCUGCUAUUUUCUAUGUGGAUGAUGUUAAAUCUGCAGAGAGUUUGUUUAAAGCGGAUAAAAAGAUUGUAAUGCCAGAUGGCUUUAAAUUGGUUGUGAUAGUGAGGAAUUCUGUUCCAAAUGUUAAUGUGGAUGCCAAUAUGAAAGAAAAAAUGAAAUUGGUUAUGGCUAAAAGAUACAAUCCAGCUACAAAAGCCUUGGACAUGACAAAAUUUCAUGCUGAUCCUGAUUUGUCAGAAAUCUUCUGUGGCCUUUUUCGGCCAGUCAUCAUGCUCACAGCAAUAGAUAUUAUAGCAGAAAACAUACCCGACAUUGAAGCCUUGAAUCUCAAUGAUAACAAACUACAUGGACUGGACCAUCUCAAGGUUAUGGCAACAAAAUUGAAAAACUUGAAGAUUUUAUAUUUAGGCGAUAACAGGAUACCUGUUAUUGGGUCACUGGAGUCAUUAAGAAGCCUACCCCUAGUGGAGUUGAUGCUUAAAGGCAACCCGUUGCAGAACAGGUUUAAUGAUCAUGAUGAUUAUGUCAGCACUGUGCGGAAGAAGUUUCCCAAGCUUGUACGACUGGAUGGUGUUGACUUGCCGCCUGCAAUCGGUUUCGACGUGUCAGAAGAUGUAGCGCUGCCCGCUCAGCAACAGUCGUUCCUCAUCGAGCCAGCGGCCCAGGACUUUGUGAGACAGUUCUUAGCCCAGUACUUCGCGGUGUAUGACUCUGAAUCUAGACAGACAUUAAUGGAUGCCUAUCAUGAAAAUGCAACAAUGUCUAUGACAUCGACUUAUCUCACACAUGAUAUAAGAAAUUCUCCCGCUACUAAGUUACAACAGUACAUGCCAAACAGUCGGAACAUAUUGAGGAUCACAGAUAGAGAGUCAAGACGAAGACACCUUCGUACGGGCAAGCUGCAGGUGGUUGCCUUCCUCUCUGACCUACCAAAGACAACACACGAUCUCAUGGGCUUCGCUGUUGAUGUGCUUAUAUAUACUCCAACAAUGAUAAUGGUGUCAAUGAAUGGUGUUUUCAAAGAGACGACGACGCAGGGCAAUCCUAGUCGUUCGUUCCAUCGGACGUUUAUGAUAGUUCCUAACAAUGGUGGUGGUUUCUGCAUCGUCAAUGAUAUGGUCUUCAUCACCAAUACAACCAAGGAACAGGAAGAGAAAAUGUUUCAAUCCGGUGUACUUUCGACUGCACUUGAGCCGGUGGCCGCCCCCUCUCCGGCACCUUCCCCUGCCCCAGCCUCCGCCGCGCCCAUGGCCCUCCACAGUGAACAUCACAAGAUGCUGCUCAAUGCCCUCGGUCAGCAGACCGGCAUGAACGAGUACUGGAGUAUGAACUGCCUUCAAGAGACCGGUUGGGAUCUCCAAAAGGCAAUGUUCAUCUUCAAUAAACUCCAAUCUGAGGGUAAAAUACCUCAUGAAGCUUUUGUUAAGUGAACUAUAUAAAGCACAUCUAUUGCUGUGUACAUAUUAAGUAUAAGAGUUGUGAGAUUACUUUGUCCCAACUACGUAUUGUGAGCUGAUAAUGAAGUCUGAAGACAUCGAAAUCAUUUAGAUUUAAAUCUAAUAAAAAGUAUAAUGUAAAAUUAUAAUACAUGUAAAUAUUAAAAGCAACAUUUUAUCGCCCCACAAAGU